AUAUAAUAAAAAUUUAAACUUUUAGUUGUAUUCAAAACUCGCGCAGCAUAUAGACAGCGAAAAGUAGUUCAACUUUCUAUUUAGAAUAAUUUGAAAGUUUAUGACUUGUUAAUGACGGUACUAACGAAAACUCAUAUUUCUGAUCAUUUGAAACUUGAAUUCAAUUUCAGGAAUUCCAGUGGAUUCUGUAAAUAAGUAUUAGUAAAUCUUAUAUUCGCGUAUUAUUAUUCAGCUUGCGCAAGCGUAUCAAAAACUGCCGGUAGGACAACGUCCCCAACCGAUCUACAAAGACAGGCAGUACGUUUAACUCAGUGAAUCUGUUUGUUCAGUUUUUCUAAUUGUACAUUUUUUCGUAUUAGGAAGUAAAUAUGGCAUCAGGAGUAACUGUAGCAGAUGCUUGCAAAAAGGUCCACGAAGAAAUUAAAAGGGACAAAAAACACCGAUAUGCCAUCUUCUACAUUAAGGACGGCAAACAGAUUGAUGUGGAACGCAUAGGGGAGCGAAAUGAAGACUAUGAAGACUUCUUGACUCAUCUUCAGGCCGGAGGUUCUGGUGAAUGUCGUUAUGGACUUUUCGAUUUUGAAUAUAUGCAUCAGUGCCAAGGUACAUCUGAAUCCACCAAGAAACAAAAAUUAUUCCUCAUGUCAUGGUGUCCAGACACUGCCUCAGUGAAAAAGAAGAUGGUAUAUGCUAGUUCCUUUGAAUAUCUUAAAAAAGCAUUGGUAAUACAAAAAUCAAUCCAAGCGACAGAUUUGUCGGAGGCGAGUAUGUCAGCAGUAGAAGAUAAACUGCGAUCCACUGAUCGCCAGUAGCGCCUUUUUAUUUUUGUUUUUUUUGUAUCUCUUCGACUGUCUACUCAACGCACCGACCUACCAGGUGUAUUAUUUAUAUAAGUAUUUGAAUAUUUAAUAAAGCUUCAUUUAUAAAUUAAA